UUACUCGCAGCUCGUCCAAACAAGCAGCAACUGUCAAAUGUGGAUUAUUUUCGCAGUUCUUUUUUUUUAUUGAAAAUUUAUUUGAAUAAUCAUUAUAAAUGGCGUCAAGAGUAAAAAAGAUCGUAAGAUUAAAGCAGAAAACAGAAAAAGAUGCAAAAGACAUACAAAAAUCACAAGGAGUCACUGAUAUCAAUUGGAUUAUUAAAAAUUGUAAUUACGAUGAUAUACAUAGUUAUGAUCAUACGUCAAGUCCAUUUGAAAUAGAGGGAAUUCCAAAUAAAAAAUGGUAUAUUCAAUUUUUUAAAACAAAUUAUGAUUCAUUUUUUUCAUCAAAAAAUUCUGAAAGAAAAUACAUUCGAUUUCUUCUCUACAAUGAAUCAAAUUAUAAACAUAAUUUUGAUAAUCAAGUGAAAAUAAAAAUUAUAUUUGGCAUUGUACCAAAGAAAAAAGUAUUUAGCAAAAUAACAAAUUCCAUUGCACAUUAUGAAAUUCUCAUUGAAGAAGAUGAAUUAACACAAUUUAUUACAAAUGCACGUUGUUUACAUGUGAAUUUAAAAAUUAAACCAUUGAGAGAUGUUGAAAAAUUUUCAACAGUUGGUAAUAAUUUUUUACCAUUUCUAAACAAUAAUAAUUUAAGUGAUGUUGUAUUUCAAAUUGAAAAUGAAGUAAUUCCAGCGCAUAAAUUAAUGCUCGCCUCAGUGAGUCCAGUGUUUGAUAGUAUGUUUGCACAUCAAAUGAGGGAAAAUAUUACAAAUAUUGUACAAAUUGAAAAUGCCGAUCCAAAUGCAUUUAAGGAAAUGUUACGUUACAUUUAUACCGGUGAGAUAGAAAAUUUAAAAAACGUUGUCUUUGGACUUUAUGAAUUGGCCGACAAAUAUGAUAUAACAAAAUUGCGUUUAAUUUGUGAAGAAUUUUUCGAAAGAUGUUUAUCUAUUGACAAUGUUAUUGGAAUUUUGGAACAUGCUGAUCGACAUAAUUCUCAGGAUUUAAAGAAUGAAUGCAUUGUAUUUAUCGAUAGGAAUUUCGAUAAAGUUGGCAAUACUGAUGCAUUUAGAAAUAUGCAUAAAGAUUUAUUGUUGGAUUUUAUAUUUACUACAAAAACUCUGAAUAAUAAUAUUAAAGCAGAGAGAAACAAUUAAAAAAUUGAGAAAUAAUUUAAUUUCUUCGACAGUCAAAAGAGAAAGAGAGACUUUUUUUUUUUCCUUAAAAAUAAACGAAUACUUGGAGCUGAAAAAAAAUAUCAUUUUGAUUUAAAUAUGGAAAACGAUUUUUCAUAAAUGAAUUGAAAAUAAUUUUUAAGUCAUUAGAAAAUUAAUGAACAUUUUUGAAAGUAUGAGUGGAUUUAUUUUUGUUGAGUAAAAAAAUGCGCUCUUUAAUGAUUUUUCAACUAUUCCAUGAAUUUAAUUUAUCACAAAUGUUUUUAAAAAACGAUAAUUUAAAUUUUAAAUUUUAAAUUAAAAAUGUGUGAAAAAUUUUUUUCUUUCAAAACUGAUAUAGUUUGGGGACAAAAAUAUAAUUCUAAAAUAAGAAUUUUAUUUAAAAAAAAAAGAAACUAUACAUUUUUAAUUCGAAAAAUUUUAAAAAUGUAAAAUAGGACUUAAAAAUGUGAAAUUAAAAAAUUUAAUUAACUAUUUAAAAAAAAAAAUUCAAAACUGUUUUGACUUUAUAUUAUAAGUGUCAGAAAUAGAAGAAAAAGUUGAAAAAUUUAUUUCAUCGUUACACAAAAAAUGUAAAAAAUUUAUAUUGCGAUAUUAAAUAUUUUUCUGUUUUCCUUUACAUAUUGAAUUGUAAAAAAAUGUAAAAAAAAAGAUGCUUAUGCGAAUAAUAAUUAAGUUGUAUUUAUAGAUCGUAAAAUAUAUU